AUGAAGCCGAGACAAGUAGCACCUUCAAAGGCGCUGCUCCUCUCCCUUCUUGCAGCACCUCAUUUAGCUUUUGCCUUUUACCUCCCAGGUGUUGCACCGACAACAUACCAAGAAGGCGAUCUCGUACCGCUCUAUGUCAAUACGAUACGCCCUGUCGCAGGGCCUGAUGGCUCCCUGCACUCGGUUGUCUCUUACGACUACUAUUACCCUUUAUUCCAGUUCUGCCAACCAGAGGGGGGUCCUAAGAGCGUCAGCGAAAGCUUGGGCAGCAUCUUGUUCGGCGAUAGGAUAAAGACCUCACCGUUCGAGCUCAAGAUGAGGAAGAACGAGACCUGCAAAAAACUGUGUGAGGUAACCUAUCCAAAGGGUGCCGCUGUCUUUGUCAACCAGCAGAUCGCAUCUGGCAUCAGCCUGAAUUGGCUGGUAGAUGGCUUACCGGCUGGCCAGAAGAUUGUGGACGAGCUUACCGGGACUGAAUUUUAUAACCCUGGCUUCCUCCUCGGACAGGAGAGCCCAACGGAUGGGCAGAUCCAAUUCAAUAACCACUACGAUAUCAUCAUAGAAUACCAUCAAGUGGCCGGCAGUACUAACCAAUAUCGGGUGGUGGGCGUCAUUGUGCAGCCUGAAUCAAAAAAGUACACCGGUCCGGUCGAUUCCAACACCUGCCUUACUGGAUACGAGCCGGUGGUCCUUAAUGAGGCUGGUGAUACCAAGGUUCAGUUCACCUACAGCGUCUAUUGGAUUCCUUCCUCCACAGUCUGGGCGACCCGCUGGGACAAGUACCUUCACGUGUUCGACCCCAAAAUCCACUGGUUCUCCCUGGUCAACUCGUCCAUCAUCGUUGUCUUCCUGGUCCUUACCGUCACGUCUGUCCUCGUCCGUGCGCUUAAGAAGGAUAUCGCUCGCUACAACAGACUGGAUCAAUUCAGCCUGGAUGACCUGUCGGGUACUUCAGCUCUUGAGGAUGGCGUUCAGGAGGACUCAGGCUGGAAACUUGUCCAUGGCGACGUGUUCCGUACUCCCUCGCGUCCUCUCUUGCUCUCAGUUCUUCUCGGAAACGGCGCUCAGCUGUUCGGCAUGGCUGGUCUGACCAUCGUCUUCGCGCUGCUCGGCUUCCUCUCGCCAUCGAACCGCGGUUCGUUGGGUACCAUCAUGAUCCUUCUCUACACAGUCCUUGGGUCCGUUGGCGGCUACACCUCGGCACGCAUGUACAAAUCAAUGGGCGGCGAGCAGUGGAAGACAUGCAUCGUACUCACCCCCCUCCUUGUCCCCGGCAUCGUCUUCGCGACCUUCUUCUUGCUCGACCUCUUCCUGUGGGCCAAGCAGUCCUCAGGUGCCGUCCCCUUCACUACCAUGCUUGUCAUCAUUCUCAUCUGGUUUGUCAUCAGUGUUCCCCUCUCCUUUAUUGGUUCCUGGAUGGGUUUUCGCGCACCUACCAUCGAGGCCCCGGUCCGCACAAACCAGAUCCCACGCCAGAUUCCGCCAGUCACCGGCUAUCUCAAGCCGAUUCCCAGCAUGCUUCUUGUUGGCCUGCUUCCCUUUGGAGCGAUCUUCGUGGAACUCUACUUCAUCAUGAGCUCGAUCUGGUUCAGCAAGAUCUAUUAUAUGUUCGGAUUCCUGUUCUUGUGCUACGUCCUUAUGAUUAUGACAUGCGCAGCGGUAACCGUGCUUAUGGUCUACUUUUUGCUCUGUGCCGAGAACUACAACUGGCAAUGGCGCUCGUUCUUGGCCGCUGGAACCACAGCAUUUUACAUCUUUUUGAAUGCUCUACUCUACUGGGUGAGCAAGCUCUCAUUGAGCAGCUUUGCAGGAAGUGUGCUUUACAUUGGCUACAGCCUGCUCAUUUCGUUCUUAGUCUUCAUUCUAACCGGAACAAUUGGCUUCUUUGCCAGCUGGCUGUUUGUCCGCAAGAUCUACUCGUCUAUCAAAAUCGAUUAG